GGGAGUCGGAGCCAGAGUCCCCGCGAGGACAGGACGAGGGGGCCCUCGCGGAGAAGACGCCGGAGCUGAGCGGUCCCCGGGGUCGCCUCGAAUCGGGGCAUCAGGCGACGGCCCCCGGCGUGCGCUCCCCGCUGCGGAGCCCGCAGAGCAGCCCGCAGAGAGAGCCCGGCGGGAUGAGCGGCGAGGGCGGCUACAACUUCAGGCGGGUGGCCAUCCGGAGGAAGUCCAACCCGGCCUACCUGCAGCUCGGGGUCCCCCGACCCUGGAGCAGGCCCGUGUCCCACCUGGGACGGCCGGAGAUAGUGACCUUCCGGAGGCAGGAGCCUGCAGAUGCCGCAGACUGCAGUUUCUGUCCAGAGAUCACUAUCAUUCCACCUUUUCCCACAACCAGCACAGCCACACCAGAUGGUCAGAAUGAACGCGAGGAAGAGGCUCAGGGAAUAAAUGGGAGGGCGCCGGCAAAGCCCGCAGCUGCCAGUCCAAAGCCACAAGUGCCUCCAAAGCCAUUCCACCUGCAGAAUUCACCUUCGUCCAAUAUACACCAAACCCCCAGACAUAAAGCUUUACCUAGUGCAAAACCAAGGAUGGAGGAAGUUAAACCUGCCUCUGCUUCUUGUGUCUCAAAAGAAAAACCCAGUAAGGUAUCAGAUCUCAUCAGUCGCUUUGAAGGAGGCAGUGCAUUAUCAAAUUAUAGCGAUCUGAAGAAAGAGUCUGCUGUGAACCUACAUGCUCCUAGGACCCCAGGAAGGCAUGGAUUGACAAGCACACCUCAACAGAGACUCCUCUCCCCACACCCCCCAUGGAGGCAGGCACAUGAUACCGACCAGACUCCCGGUGCAGAGACUUGCGUGGCCAACGGUGUCAUGGCAGCACAAAGCCAGAUGGAAUGCGAGGACAAUAAGGUGGCUGCUCUGAGUCCAGAUACUCCUAUUCAAACAUCUGAACCCUUGCUUGGCGCACACUUGGUGAAUGGAGAAAAAGAUGAAACUGCCGCAGCUCCCAUGUCACCCACGACAGAUGACCGUGAUGGAAAUGCUCUUGAUGGCAGCUGCAGGACUCCAAGCUCAGACCCAGUGCUCCCCCUAGAAGGAGGGGCAGACAUAGAAGCCCAGAGCCAAGAGAGGGAGGAUGGAGAAAGCCCUCUGGAACUGGAGCAGCUGGACCAGCACCAGGAGAUAAAGGAGACUAAUGAACAGAAACUUCACAAAAUAGCCAAUGAACUUCUGCAUACAGAAAGAGCUUAUGUCAACCGACUUGACCUCUUAGAUCAGGUGUUUUAUUGCAAACUAUUGGAAGAAGCAAACCGAGGCUCAUUUCCAGCAGAGAUGGUGAAUAAAAUCUUUUCAAAUAUUUCAUCAAUAAAUGCCUUCCAUAGUAAAUUCCUAUUGCCAGAGCUGGAGAAACGAAUGCAAGAAUGGGAAACUACUCCUAGGAUUGGAGACAUCCUCCAAAAAUUGGCUCCAUUCCUUAAGAUGUAUGGAGAAUAUGUGAAGGGAUUUGAUAACGCAAUGGAAUUGGUUAAAAGCAUGAUGGAGCGGAUUCCUCAGUUCAAAUCAGUGGUUGAAGAAAUUCAGAAACAGAAAAUCUGUGGCAGCUUGACCUUGCAGCAUCACAUGCUAGAACCUGUUCAGCGGAUUCCCCGGUAUGAGAUGCUCCUUAAGGACUACCUAAGGAAACUGCCACCGGACUCCCCCGACUGGAAUGACGCUAAAAAAUCACUUGAAAUUAUAUCUACAGCAGCAAGCCAUUCUAAUAGUGCAAUAAGAAAAAUGGAGAACCUAAAGAAACUCUUAGAGAUUUAUGAAAUGUUGGGAGAAGAGGAAGACAUCGUAAACCCUUCAAAUGAACUAAUAAAAGAAGGGCAGAUCCUCAAACUAGCUGCCCGGAACACGUCAGCACAAGAACGCUACCUUUUCUUAUUCAACAACAUGUUACUAUACUGUGUGCCCAGAUUCAGCUUGGUGGGCUCCAAGUUUACCGUUCGAACCAGAGUUGGCAUCGAUGGGAUGAAAAUUGUAGAGACUCACAAUGAAGAAUAUCCACAUACUUUCCAGGUAUCUGGGAAGGAGAGAACAUUGGAACUCCAGGCCAGUUCUGAGCAAGAUAAAGAAGAAUGGAUCAAGGCCCUUCAAGAGACCAUUGAUGCUUUUCAUCAAAGGCAUGAAACCUUCAGAAAUGCAAUUGCAAAAGAUAAUGACAUUCACUCAGAAGUUUCUACUGCUGAGCUAGGAAAAAGAGCCCCAAGAUGGAUCCGAGAUAAUGAAGUGACGAUGUGUAUGAAAUGCAAGGAGCCUUUCAACGCACUGACACGGAGAAGGCAUCACUGUCGAGCAUGUGGACACGUGGUUUGUUGGAAGUGUUCUGACUACAAAGCUCAACUUGAAUAUGAUGGUGGUAAAUUGAACAAAGUUUGUAAAGACUGUUAUCAAAUAAUAAGUGGAUUCACAGACAGUGAAGAAAAGAAAAGGAAAGGAAUUUUAGAGAUCGAAUCUGCAGAAGUAUCUGGAAACAGCGUGGUGUGUAGCUUUCUUCAGUAUAUGGAGAAGUCAAAACCUUGGCAGAAAGCUUGGUGUGUGAUCCCCAAGCAAGACCCCCUUGUGCUGUACAUGUAUGGUGCCCCCCAGGACGUCAGAGCCCAGGCCACCAUCCCGCUCCUGGGCUACCUGGUGGAUGACAUGCCGCGGAGCGCAGACCUGCCCCACAGUUUCAAACUGACCCAGUCCAAGUCUGUGCACAGCUUUGCUGCGGACAGUGAGGAACUGAAGCAGAAGUGGCUGAAAAUCAUCUUUGUAGCUGUCACAGGUGAGACACCAGAGGGUCUAGAUGAGCAUCCGGCCACCUUGGACGAUCACCCUGACCCGAAGAGAAAAUCGGAUUGCUGAACGCCAGGACCAGCCACGGUGUGAAGGGCUCGAGUCGUGCGGCUCAAGACAUUCCCAGCUCUCCCUGCUCAGACCUAGCACUUUAUGUUGAAAAGUAGAGGCUCAUAAAUGCAUCUUUGGGGGCCUGUUUUCCUAGGUUUAUGUACUCUUAGUGAAAUUAAUGUGCAGAGCCAUUCUACCAGUAAAGUUUUUAAGUAAUGUGAAAAAUGGAGCAAUUUUUGAGCUACUCCUUGAAUAUACUUUGGUCUUGAAGAAAAUGGUUAUCAAUUGAUUCUAUCCCCAUCAGUUUACAGUGAGCACUUUCAUUUAAGAAAUCCUAUAACGUCUUCUCGUCUUCUCGUUCCCACGUAGGACCUGUACCAGUUUAAAAGAUAUACCUCCAUGUUGCCAAAUUAGAUCCAUAGUGAAAAAUACAGGGACAGUUUAGACUAUAGUAUUAACUUAUUUAAUUUAGUUCAUAAAUCUCAAGCUGCAUAAAUGGUGUCUGUUCUUUUUUUAAAAAUGAGAAAAAGGACAGAUUUUCGGUGUUCAGAUUUUUGAUUUAUUAAGAAAGGUAAUAUUUGUUUUUGCAGAAAUAUUCCUAUGAAUACAAUAUCUUAAGUAUAUAGCAGUUAUGUGUAUAUAGUAUUUUAUAUAUAUAUAUAUAUACACUAUAUGCUUUUCUCCUCAGCUUUAGGUUCAUAGUUAUUUCUAAUUUAUUUUAUAAAUAUAAAGCAUGGUUUAUCUUGGAAUCAAACAGUGUUCUAAACUUAAGAAAUGUCAUUGGUGAUUUGUUUAACUGAUUGGCAUCAAAGGGUAUUGGUAUUUUUAUAAUAAAUAGUAGUUUAUAUGGCAUGGGAUAUAUUCGUGAAUUCCAACAGUACUUUGAACAUAUCUUUUUUUGUUGUGUGCCUAUUUAAAACAGUGCCUCUCUCCGAAGGUGCUAUUAAUACCUAUUUAAAUAAGUAUAAGGUGAGGGUUCAGUUAAUGCUUCAGUUUUUUAUUUGGAGAUAAAAGUGCAUUUUGGUCACUGGGAUGGUCAAAGUCCUAUAGGUUAUUUUACCUUUUACAGUGCUAAAUUGUUGGCAGUAGUUAACAUCAGCAUGUGCAAAAACGUUCACCAAAGCCUGAACUCGGUGAGACACUUGACUUUAUACAGAACUUGGAUAUGUGGAAACUACAUUUGUUGUAAUGAUUUUCUUUUCCAUAGGAUGAUUAAGCACGGUUAAAUGAGGACUGUAUAUGACGAAGGUGGAAGGUAACUGUGUGGGCCUAUUCCUUUAUCAGGAAUGAAACAAAUUCACACACAAUAACCUAUGUUAGGGGUGGGGAGCGGUGGUUAGUAGAUAUUAAAGGAAGUUUGUGCUCUACCACCUCACCAUAGAAGAAGGGGAAAACACAAUAGUGAAAAAAGUGAUAUUUUAAUGGAAGUUUUUCAGGAGGUACAAAUGAUUGGGAAAAAGUCUGAGAAUUUUCUCCCUUCUGUCCUCUUGGGAAUUUUAAUAGACAUUAUGAUUCUUUGUCAUGAAGGCUGCUCUACACUGUACUGUACUUGUGAUUAAAAUCUCACGUUCAGUUGACUACUUAAUUUAAUCCUUUUCUUGAAUUUUACUCCCCCCCAUACUGUCAUACCCCAAACAUUCUCACUUUUUAGUGUACCAGUCUGCUAGAAAGCUAUUAAGAACGAUUCCACUAACCUCAGUCUAUAAGGAUUACCUUUUAAAUGUAGAACAGAAUUUGAGACUACCACACACUUAUUCUAGCCCUGUUACUUUAAGAAAUAGCUUAUUUCUUCCAUCCCAAAGGAGGUAGUGAACCAGUUAAGUUAUUGCUGACAUGACUAAAUUCCCUUCCUCCAUAAAAGGAAUACCAGCCAUGAUCAUUACCAUGAAACCAAAUCCUUGGAGCCAAAAAGAGAUAAAGGUAGCUUCUUCAGCCCUCCUUAUUAAAUCAGGGACAGACUAACAGAAAUUGUACAUUGCUUCUCUUAUCUAAUUGCCCACCUUGUGUGUGUGACGUAUGUUCAGAGUAAUUAUUGAGAAAGUUAAACUAUAGCUAUAGAGAUGCUGCUGCUUUGGUUUUCUUAAGAGAAAUACUGUAAUAGGAAUAUAAAAUGAUUAUCAGGGGAAGAGGGCUUUUGUAAUUGUGAUCAGAACGCUGGAAAUGUAUGGACUAAAGAGAAGAUUUAUGCGUCAGAUUAUUUUUGAAAACGAUUUUGAACAGCGGGAAGACUAGGCUUUUCCCUACUCUUAAGCUCUUCUGGAAUAGAAGUGAUGUGACUCUCAAGUUUUGGCUCAGUAAGUAACGAUGUUAUUUAAUGCAGAUUAUUGAAAGAAUACCCUUGUAAAGAGAAUAUUUAUUACCAUGUUCUUAGUCAUUAUCUUUAUUUUUUUUUAUAAGAAACAUUAUUAUUAGGAGAGCAUGUCUGCUUACCCAGUCAACAUCGUUACUUUCCACCUCACAUUCUUCCACUAAACGCACGGAGAAGCAACGGAACAGCCUUACCUAUUUGUCUCUUCUUAAAGAUUCACUAAUGCUUUUACUCUAAGACAGGUAAAAGAACACUCUUAGCAUUUAUUAAACAACUCAAACCCAAAGACCUCAAAGUGUGAUUGGUUAUGAGAAUAAUCAAUGUCUUUUCCUUUCUGAGACACCUGAGCAGUCAUGACAAAUCAAACCUUUAAAAAAAAAAAAAAAGCCAAAAACCUCACAGGUGGUUUUCUUAUUAAAACCGACAUUCUGUGGAAGCCUUCCCUUUUCCCUUCAUUUGGUGCUUUUUCUUUGAAGUGCCCUUCCUCCAAACUUAAACAAUACUUCUUUGACAAAACAGCUAUCAUUACAGAGCAGUCCAGUUUUUAAAUUUAAAUCUUGCUUUUGUCGAAAGUCCACCAUUUGGUGUGUUAAGUAUAAAGUGCAGUGCAGACUUUUAUCUCGGCGUUAUGUGGGGCUUAAUGAAAAACACCACCAGCCACUUUUGUAAUAAUGGCAUCCACAGGGCCAUCCUGUAUGCAAGCAAUAAAACUCUUCAGGGUAUGGUUUUAUACUGAAAGUUUAAUGAGGGCCCCGAGCCACAAGAAUGUAGAGAAUUAUUAACUUCCUAGAUAGGAUACUGUAAUGCAGAUUGCUGGGCAGAAGGAAGGGAAAGGGGGGAGGAGGGCAUCAUUCCUCGGAUUCAAAUAUCAAAAGCAGUUUUACUUUCACAAAGGGUAGGGAUAGUGAAACAGUUAAAGCACAUCUGCACUACUUUAUAAAGCUACAUUUUGUUGUCCGUGAAGUUUAAUUUAUUGUACAGGUCGGUGUACUGAUCUUCCUCACUGGGUGACCUGCCUAUCUGAAUUUUUUAAAAACAUACCCAUUUUCUUAAAUUACCAAGCUUUUUUGUAGGAACUAACCUUUUACGCACAUUCUGUCCCCAUAUACAGAUAGGCAUUUGGAUUUUUAAAAAGGAACGCUUGUCAUACAUGUAUAAAGAAAACCAUAUAGUUCAUGGUACUGCAGGGUUGUUAAAGAUUCUUUGAUGCCUUUUAAAAACCCUCUGUCAAAAAUCCCUUUGAGUUCAUAAUUCUGUUUUACUUUUUCUUAUCCUUUGUGGAAACAGGGUGGCUGCUUGUUUUUUCUGAUUCUAUUCAAAGCCUUAAGUUCUUAUUCGAUCAUUGUCCGUGGCAAAUCUCUGGUGAUCCUUCUGGACGAGGUAAAUCUUGAACGGGUACCAGCAGAAGCAAAUAAACUUCUAGAGAAGAAGGUCUUAUUUUGUUCCUGGUAUCCUUGCUAUAAUACAGAAUAGAAGAGGAACUAAAAUUUCCUACUUCAUAUGAUGUUCCUGUUAACGGGUCUAAGAUUAAGCACAUGGUAUUUAUAAGCUAAAAUUAAUUCAAAAGGCAAGAAUGUCUUAAUGUUUUCAUUCUUAAAUUUUUUUAUUCUCCAAGAAUGUAUUAAUGUAAGAACUGGUCAGCCAGUUCCUAUUCUUAGGACUCUGUUGACAUCUGUCGGGGAUCAUGUUGCUUCUUCACUCUUAUCCAGUUUUAUUAGUUUUAUUUUCAUACUAUUAUCUACUAUAGAUUCUCCAAUUGAGAAAAUAUAAGUGAUAUAUAAAGACCACUGGGUCAACUUAAACACUUUCUGUGAAUUUAUACAUGUAUGUAUAUAUGUACAAACUGUUGAUUUUUCAAUUCUGCCUUCCCAUAGGAAUGCGAUUUUUCUAUACAAAUUUUUAACUUAAAUAUUUUAACAUAAAUUAUUUACAUGGGUUUUUUUAUGUAUAAUUCAUCCUUAUAUAUGCCCCUUGAUCAUGUAGUCAAGAUAAUGUUGCUUUCUUUACAGGUAGGGUGGAGAGGAAUAAGGUUAGAAACUGAAACUAGAACGAGUGAACAGGCCGGGCGUAGUGGCUCACGCCUGUAAUCCCAGCACUCAGGGAGGCUGAGGCAGGAGGAUUGUUUGAGGCCAGGAGUUUGAGACCAGCCUGGACAGCACAGUGAGACCCUGUCUCUAAAAGAAAAA